ACACCCUCAAGCACUGUCAGUCAAUUACAGGCAUCGUCUGCUUCAUUCACACGUUUAUCAGCAUGCGCAGUGAGAGAGGAACUCAUUCAUAAAAAAGGAAAAGUUCAUUCAUGAAAAUCGUAGCAUCCUGCGCUUCCACUCGCGAGCUCCGAGUCCAGGACGCUACGUAGCGGAGGGGGAGCAGUCAGCCGGACCCGGGAGGAUGACCGAGGUCAGCGUGUGCGUCUGGCUCCGUCAGUCUCACACAGUCUCCGGCUAUGAGAGAAGGUAACCAGCCCAGGCUCAGGGGAAACGCGCUGCAUGUAGGAUUCUUCGGACAGGCAGACAUGCUGCACCGGAGCAAGUACAGCCGCUUCCGCAACGACUCGGUUACGUCCCUGGAGGACAGCGCGCCCGGUGGUAAAUCGGCCCCUUGCGCUGACCGCGCUCCGCUGCCCUGCCUGGCCCCCCUGCCACCCCCCUUCCACCACUCAGCCUCAUCCCCGGACAAGGAUCCCACCACUCUCUGCACUCUGAUCCCCAAGAUGGCUGCCGUCAAGCUGUCCAACCCAGCAGGCUUGCUUGGCCUCAGGGGACUGGCCCUGUCCUCCAAGCAGACGCCCCGUGGAAAGCUGGGCGCGGACUGCAGCCCCACCAAACCCCACGUCCGCCUGGCCGGGUACCUGCCAGCCUCCUCCCAGCUGACGCCACACCCCGACGACGACAAGGGUCCCUCCUGUUCUGAGGGGCUGCUGUCCGCUGCCAGGACUACAGCGCUUACGGAGUGUCCCAGCCCAGAGGUCCUGAUGACAGGGACGUCGUACAACAUCAAGUAUAUGGGCUGCUUGGAGGUGAUCCAGUCCAUGAGGCUCUUGGACUUCGAGACAAGAACACAAGUCACACGGGAAGCCAUAAGUCGCCUGUGUGACUGUGCCCCGGGAGCUACGACAGCAUCCAAGCACAGGAGGCCUCCAAAUAAAGAACUUUCCGCCAUUUUGGGCAAGAGCAACCUGCAGUUUUCCGGAACUAACAUCAGACUAAGCAUCUCCACAGAGAGUAUGAGUCUAACCACUCUGGACUCACAGCAGACUAUUGCCCAUCACCACAUGCAGUCCAUCUCGUUUGCUUCUGGAGGGGAUCCUGAAAUAACAAAUUACGUUGCUUACGUCGCCAAAGACCCAGUAAAUCAGCGGGCAUGCCACAUCCUGGACUGCCCAGAGGGAGUCGCUCAGGAGGUCAUAAGUGCCAUCGGACGGGCAUUCGAGCUGCGCUUCCGGCAGUUUUUGAAUAAUCCCUCCUGCCUUAUUGCAGCCCCUCAAAGGACGCUAGACGCUGACGGCAACAGCUGGCUUCAAGAGGGCAACGAGAUGCACGAGUAUUACAACGAGAUUCCCGGCAAGCAGCCGCCUCCCGGUGGCCUCUUAGACAUGCGGGUAAAAGCAGAAUUACUGCAGGCGUCCCUCGGUGGAGGUCAGGGGGAGGAAGAGAUGCUCCGAUGGAUUGGCUGCCCGCAGCACCCCGGCACAUACGAGAACUGCGCUCUGACCGAAAGACAUGCACCUCCCUCUGCAGAGAGCACUGAGCAAACGUACAGCUCACUGGAAGAGGAUACCGGCCCGCCAGGUGUCCUGCAGGAGAUCCAGGAGCACCUUCACCAGGAGGCCUGGUAUCACGGACGGAUGAGCAGGCGUGAUGCGGAGAGACUGCUGACGGACAGCGGGGAUUUCCUGGUCCGUGAGAGCAGCUCCUCUCCUGGGCGGUAUGUGCUGAGUGGCCUGCAGGGGGCGACGGCUAAGCACCUGCUGCUGGUGGACCCUGAAGGAAUGGUGCGAACAAAGGAUCACAUUUUUAGGAGUGUGGGGCACCUGAUUCGCUAUCAUAUGGACAACCAAAGACCAAUAGUAUCGUGCGGCGGCGAGCUGUGUCUGAAACAGCCUGUACUUCAAAAGCAGCAGUGAUCAGACGGCGGUCGGUGGCGCUCACAGCUCGGAGUGUUCUGGAAUUUUCCACGCAGAGAACGACCUGCUCCAAUAUGUCGCGAUACCUGCAUGAUCAUCACACUAGAGCUUUGGGUCAUGGCUUACUAACCGUCAGUAUAUUGGGACGAACCAAUAUACACGAUUUGUCACCUGCAUUUUGUACCAGCAUAUCAAAGCACAACUUUUAGGCUGCGAAGCAAAUGAGUGACUAUUGUCUCUGUGUGUGUGAACUGUUUUUUUUAAACUGUGCCUUGAUUAGUUAAAAGAGGUUUUUGACCACAUUUUGUUAAGAAUUGUAUAGUGCAUUUUGUAGUCUCUGAUGGUUCAAGUCACUUUAUUUGCCUGAUUUAUAUAGUUCUAUAUAAGAGAAUGAUAAGCCUUGAUUCGCAUUGUGUAUUAAUGAAGGAACUUAAAAAAGUAUGUUUUUUAAAUAUUCACUAUAGAUAUAUUGAUGAUAAAUACGCAUAAAAAUUACAGGCAGCUUGUAUUUUAUUCGUUUCUUGUCCGCAGUUUAAGAGGAAAGCGAGAACACUAGUUUCCGAUAUAUGCAAGACAUCUAGGGUUUACUUCCUGACAUAAAAUUAACGGAGUAUCCUUCGCCAUGCAUUAGCGUUGUCCGAAUCGAUCCACUCUCACUUUUAAAGCGAAAUGCUUUCAGACAGGGCAUGCAUGCAAAGCAAUGUCAGAUGCAUCUUUUAAUACAAUGAACUGCACAUAUCUUGUGGUGGGGUCUUUUCUGUCCUGUCCUGAAAUAUGUGGUAAUUAAAUAAGUUCAUCGACCAGCUACGUUCAAGUGUCGGUUUUUGAGAAAUAAAACGCACAUGUUGCACGUACAUUUUUGAAAUAAUGACAUGACUAUGUGUUACC